UGUCAGAUAGAAUAGCCACAGUAGGAAAGAAGAGUUUUCCAGGAAAAAAUGUGACAGCUGAAGCCGCAGCAGCUCAUGAUCUCUGAACAACAACUUUUUUACGUGAGUUGACAGAAGAGGAGAAGAGAUGGCCAGCUCAGCCCGAGAGCACCUGCUCUUCGUGCGCCGUCGCAACCCGCAGCUCCGGUACACCCUGAGCCCCGAGAACCUGCAGAGCUUGGCCUCUCAGGGCACCAUGCCUGAGAACAUGAACUUGCAGCGUGCCAACAGUGACACUGAUUUAGUGACCUCGGAUAGCAGGUCUAGUUUGACAGCCAGCAUGUACGAAUACACCUUGGGACAGUCUCAGAACCUCAUCAUUUUCUGGGAUAUUAAGGAAGAAGUAGAUCCGACUGACUGGAUAGGACUUUAUCACAUAGAUGAGAACUCUCCAGCCAAUUUCUGGGAUUCCAAGAAUCGGGGAGUGACUGGCACGCAAAAAGGACAAAUUGUGUGGCGAAUUGAACCUGGCCCCUACUUUAUGGAAUCUGAAAUAAAGAUCUGUUUUAAAUACUACCAUGGUGUUAGUGGAGCCCUCAGAGCUACUACUCCAUGUAUCACUGUGAAAAACCCUGCUGUGAUGAUGGGAGUAGAAGGCACGGAUGAAGGUGCUUCUGGAGCUCAGCACUCCAGGAAGUUGGUCAGCUUUACCCUAUCAGAUAUUAGAGCAGCUGGACUUAAAAAAGGCAUGUUCUUCAACCCUGAUCCUUAUCUAAAGAUGUCCAUUCAGCCGGGCAAGAAAAGUACAUUUCCUACGUUUGCUCACCAUGGCCAGGAAAGAAGGUCGACUAUCAUCAGUAACACAACUAAUCCUGUUUGGCACAGAGAGAAAUAUUCUUUUGUUGCACUUCUAACAGAUGUCCUGGAAAUUGAGGUUAAAGACAAAUUUGCCAAGAGUCGUCCGAUCAUCAAGCGCUUCCUUGGGAAGUUAACCAUACCCGUUCAGAGACUUUUGGAGAGACAUGCAAUUGGAGACCAGGUUCUCAGCUAUAAUCUUGGCAGAAGGCUCCCAGCUGAUCAUGUUAGUGGGUAUCUCCAAUUCAAAGUGGAAAUCACAUCUUCUGUUCAUGAAGAUGCUUCCCCAGAAACAGUUGGGACUUUGCUAGGAACCAACUCUGUAAAUGGAGACUUGGGGAGCCCCUCUGAUGAUGAGGACAUGCCAGCCGGACAUCACGAUACAUCCACGGUGUGUUCCAAUGGCCCAGUCUUUGAGGAAUCUUCUGGAGACACAAUCCUGAGACAUUCUUUAAGGACUAGUAGGACUCUGGAGACAGACCAGGAUGAGCUGACCUCUGGUGGUUCAAGAUCAUCCCCUCCCAGAGGUCGCCAGGACUCACUAAAUGACUAUCUCGAUGCAAUAGAACACAAUAACCAUCCCAGGCCAGGGACAUCUGCCUGUGGUGACCGUCCACGAGGAGCCUCCCCAAAACUGAGGAGUAGCUUCCCUACUGACACAAGACUUAAUGCUAUGCUUCACAUUGACUCGGAUGAAGAGGAGCACGAGCUGCAUCAAGACCUGGGUUUUCCAUCUUCUUUGGAAGAUGAUGGUGGUUUAGUAAUGCUAAAUGGUGCUACCAGAAACGUUGAAAGAAAUGAAGUGAGUUCCUCAUCAGAUCAGGUAAUGCCGGGUCCUGCCGAGAGUGAAAGGGUUUCGGCCUCUGAUGCUCCUUUGCCAUCAGCUGAUGACCAGCAAGAUUCUCCCGCAGAGCUUCCACCUGCAGAGGAAGGCAGCGAAAGCCUGCAGGGCUCUCAGGCUGAAGGCGCAGCAGAGCAGGCUGGCAGCGAGUCCUCUGCCCCUCCGGAGGCAGAGCAGCCUCCCGGCAGUGCAGACUCGGCAGCUGCUGAAGCUGCAGGUGGGAGCAGAAGGGGCGUCAGCGAAACGGAGUCCAUUGACCAAGGCUCGGAGCCUUCGCAGCUGUCGUCAGAGACGGAGCAGAGCGACCCGGCUCGCACCGAGAGCGUCAGCGAGGCCAGCACCCGGCCCGAGGGCGAGAGCGACGCCGAGGGCGCCGACAGCUCCUGCAACGAGAGCGCGACGGUGCGGCGCUCCUCCGUGGAGAUGCGCUGCUCCUCCUGCGAGAGCGCCAGGUUUCCCGAGACUCCAGCCUUCUCUCCCCAGGAGGAGGAGGAGGAGGAGGGAGCCUGUGCCCCCGAGGCAGCUGCGGCGGAGCCGGGUGCCGAGGCGCAGGAGCCUGCGAGCGCCGCUGGUUCCCUGCCCGCGGUGCAGUUACCUCGGGAGGAGGCGCAGGAGGCUGAGGCGGGGGAACUGCAAGAGCAAGAGGAAGCAGAAGAAAUCUGGCAAAGAAGAAGAAGCCUGCAGGCAGCAGCUGCCCAGAGCCAGUCUCAGGAUGAAGAAGCUGAGGGAGCGCAGGCAGCUUGUGAGGGUGCCACAGCGCAGCUUGAAGGAGCUACUGGAGGUUCUCCUGCCAAUGGCCAUCAGCCCUUGAGGUCCCUGCCUUCGGUGCGUCAGGACGUUAGCCGGUACCAGAGAGUGGACGAGGCCCUGCCACCAAACUGGGAGGCUCGAAUUGACAGCCACGGACGCAUUUUUUACGUGGACCACGUGAACAGGACAACAACAUGGCAGCGACCCACAGCUCCCCCAGCCCCACAGAUUCUGCAGAGGUCCAACUCCAUACAGCAGAUGGAGCAGCUGAACCGCCGGUACCAGAGCAUCCGAAGAACAAUGACAAAUGACAGGCCUGAAGAGCACACAAAUGCCGUGGAUGGAGCUGCAGAGGAAGCUGAAUUUCACCAUUCUAAUUCAGAUUUUCGAAGAGAGAAUGUGCUGCCUCACUCUACCUCCAGAUCCAGACUUACUUUAUUGCUCCAGUCUCCCCCUGUGAAAUUCCUUAUCAGCCCAGAGUUCUUUACAGUGCUGCAUUCUAACCCUAGUGCCUACCGCAUGUUUACAAACAACACGUGUCUGAAGCACAUGAUCACCAAAGUCCGGCGGGACACCCACCACUUUGAGCGCUACCAGCACAACCGGGAUCUGGUGGGCUUCCUCAACAUGUUUGCCAACAAACAGCUGGAGCUGCCCAGGGGCUGGGAGAUGAAACACGACCAUCAGGGCAAGGCUUUCUUUGUGGACCACAACUCGCGCACCACGACGUUCAUCGACCCGCGGCUGCCCUUGCAGAGCAGCAGGCCCACCAGCGCGCUGGUCCAUCGGCAGCACUUGACUCGGCAGCGCAGCCACAGUGCUGGGGAGGUUGGAGAGGAUUCCCGCCAUUCAGGACCCCCCGUUUUGCCAAGACCAUCCAGCACAUUUAACACAGUCAGCAGAGCUCAGUACCAGGAUGUGGUUCCAGUGGCUUACAAUGACAAGAUAGUUGCAUUUUUGCGGCAGCCCAAUAUCUUUGAAAUUCUACAAGAGCGCCAACCAGAUCUUACCAGGAAUCAUUCACUCAGGGAGAAGAUCCAGUUCAUCCGGACAGAGGGAACACCUGGGCUGAUGCGUUUAUCCAGUGAUGCAGACCUUGUCAUGUUACUCAGCUUGUUUGAGGAGGAAAUCAUGUCAUAUGUGCCGCCACAUGCCUUACUUCAUCCUAGUUAUUGCCAGUCCCCGCGAGGCUCGCCGGUGUCUUCACCUCAGAACUCUCCAGGUACUCAGCGUGCCAAUGCCCGAGCUCCAGCUCCCUACAAAAGAGACUUUGAAGCCAAGCUGAGGAACUUCUACAGGAAGUUGGAGACUAAAGGAUAUGGACAAGGCCCAGGGAAAUUGAAAUUAAUCAUCAGGAGAGAUCACUUGUUAGAAGAUGCCUUUAACCAGAUCAUGGGCUACUCAAGAAAAGACCUGCAGAGAAAUAAACUCUAUGUCACAUUCGUUGGGGAAGAAGGGUUGGACUACAGUGGACCAUCAAGAGAGUUUUUUUUCCUGGUGUCCAGGGAGCUCUUCAAUCCAUAUUAUGGUUUGUUUGAAUAUUCAGCCAAUGAUACCUACACAGUACAAAUAAGUCCCAUGUCUGCUUUCGUAGACAAUCACCAUGAGUGGUUCAGGUUUAGUGGUCGAAUUCUUGGUCUUGCUCUGAUACAUCAAUAUUUGCUGGAUGCCUUUUUUACAAGACCCUUUUAUAAAGCCCUCCUCCGAAUACUCUGUGACCUGAGUGACCUGGAAUAUCUGGAUGAAGAGUUUCACCAGAGUUUGCAGUGGAUGAAAGACAAUGACAUACACGAUAUCCUAGAUCUCACGUUUACUGUAAAUGAAGAAGUUUUUGGGCAGAUCACAGAACGGGAACUAAAACCAGGAGGUGCCAAUAUCCCAGUCACUGAAAAGAACAAGAAAGAAUACAUCGAGAGAAUGGUGAAAUGGAGAAUUGAGAGAGGAGUUGUACAACAAACAGAAAGUCUAGUUCGUGGUUUCUAUGAGGUCGUUGAUGCAAGACUGGUGUCUGUAUUUGAUGCCAGAGAACUGGAACUGGUUAUAGCUGGAACAGCAGAAAUUGACUUGAGUGACUGGAGAAAUAAUACAGAGUACAGAGGAGGUUAUCAUGACAAUCACAUUGUAAUUCGGUGGUUCUGGGCUGCUGUGGAAAGGUUCAACAAUGAACAACGUCUAAGACUUUUACAGUUUGUCACAGGCACGUCCAGCAUUCCCUACGAAGGCUUUGCCUCUCUCCGGGGCAGCAACGGGCCCAGGCGCUUCUGCGUGGAGAAGUGGGGGAAGAUCACUGCUCUUCCAAGGGCUCACACUUGUUUCAAUCGUCUGGACCUUCCCCCUUACCCAUCAUUCUCUAUGUUAUAUGAAAAACUGUUGACAGCAGUGGAAGAGACAAGUACUUUUGGACUUGAGUGAUACACAAACCACAGUGCCCAGCUCAUUGGACUUUUGUGGAUCUGUCUUCUCAAGGAAUGAAUGAACUUUUGUAUUGGAUUUCCUAGAGGAAAAUUGUUUCAUGGUGCAAUUCAAAUAAUGAGGUUCCACGAAGGAGCUUGUGAAGCAAUUAAAAAGCAUUGUAGUAGUGGCAGAAUUCUCGACAGUGAAACUAGAGUGUGCCUGGUGUGCAGGGAAAGCCAAGUCUUGCAAUCCAUGGGUUUUUGGGAUGGCUACACUUCUUAAGUUUAUGUUCUGAGCAAACCAGAAACGUGAUGCCAUGUUGUGAUCCAUCUGGCUACUGCAAAACUGACAUGUACCCAAGGACUGGAUUUCAUCAAAGUUGUUCAAUAGAAAAUUCAAGUCAAAAUGUGAAAUCAUUCAGUCCCUUACCUACCCAGUAAAUUAUCAAAAAAGCAUACAGCCGAACUUCUAUAAAUUCUUUUUUUUUUUUUUUUAAUUCAUGAAGGUACAUUACUUUAUGCCAUAUGUUAUAACAGCAUAUCCAACACUUGCUUUACCUAAGACUAUGAGUGCCUGCCUGGGGAACACCAUAGAGCUCGAGUUCCUGGGGCAGAAGUGAGUUGGAAGGAAAGGCAGCAACAAAGGAUGUAACAACGGCUUGUGCAUUGAGGAGGUUUGUGGAAAUGCAUUUGCCAGUGGUGUGUAUGACAAAAUAUGAGCUGUUACAAUGAACUUAUUAACUUAAUAAGACUGAUUUUAUGCUUUAUACUGCAUGGAAACUAUUUUAAGAAGAAACUAGCAAUUUAUCACAGCAUAUCAGGAAAAAACCCUAACACAGUGACUUCUGUUUAUUUUUAUAGGUUCAUUAUAUUAUGUUUCUUAGAGUGUAAACAGGAAACAAGCAAACAAAAGUGUUAUUUCUGUUUUGUCACUUUCCAUGCUUGAACAGACAUUCUGCUAGUGUUUAUUCUUUAAGCACUCUCCAGGGAAAAAAAUGCCUUUUAUUUUUAUAAGAGUAAAAAAACUCCCAAAAAUAUUUUGCACUGAAUGUACCAAAGUUGAAGGGACAUUAUGAUCUGACUGAUAGCAAAUUGCAUCACUAUCAAAUAUCUAUAAAAAUGCUUAGGAACCAGGCUUUCUUCACAGUGCCAUGUCUAUAGAUAUCAGGACUGUGCACAUAAGUAAUAAUUUUAUAAUACUAUAAGUGAUAUUGUAAUAUGCAUUUAUUUUAAAUGCAUCUGGGUCAUUUUUCAUGCAUUGGAUAACUUAAUGCAGUGGAAUUUAAUACAGAUAUUUCAUAUACUCCCCACAACUUUUUAUUUGUACAGCACUGUAAGACACUAGCUCAUUUGGAAAACCAUGAAUAACUUUAAGGUGAGCCACUGGUCAUAAUGCCACUGUCCUGUAUCAGUGAACACCUACAAGAUGUAAACUGUUCGUAGUGUCCAAGCUUGCAUUUUCACUGAUAAAUAGUUUUCUUAUCCAGUGCUCUUUGAAGCAGUUUCUAUGGCAUAUCAAACACUGCAUGGACACCAGUUUCUUUAUGCUUAAUUUUGCUGAAAUACACGAGGCUUGCUCGCUUCUAUUUUUGGUACUUUUCCUCCAGAUGGUCUUGUGGAACACUUGUGCAGCUGUGCCCCAUUUCUCGCACAGCUGCUGUCACGCGCUGCAUCCACCACAUUUUAAAAUGGCAGGAGUUGCGCUUGGAUACUGGAUGGCAAGAACACGAAUCCAGCUCUGUGCUACCCUUUUUGGUAGUCCUGCAGCACAGCAAGCCCUGUUCUGUGGGAAAAGUAGCUUUUGGAGUAACCUUCUCACUUUGGAGGCUCUUGAAGGGGCGUCUGAGGGAGGUGUCCUGCUUGUUCUGGUGGGAGGUUUGUUCCAGCGUCCCUGGAGAUGUCGUCAGCAGAGACUGCCAGUCACCCUCCAAGGCAGAAGGCAGCUGCAGCUGUGGUGGUGACUGAGAAAACCCUGCAGACUUACUGAGGAAAUGUUACGUGUGCAAAGGAAAAGCAAAAUCAGGGGGAAAGCAUUCUUUUAUUUCAAGGAUAAUUGAGCUUCUGCAUGACAUCUGGGACUCUCUUAAGUAACGUAGGUUUUCUUAGGCUACUUCUGGCUGGUAUGAAGUAGCAGAGAAAAAUCCAAACACAUCACCCUGUUUCUACACAUAUAUUUAUCAGUCUUUGCUAAGAUUGCAUGUCACGGGUCCUAAUGCACAUCUCUUUUCAGAACAUGAAUGAGCAGUAGGCAAACUGACUUUUCAGCAGGUCACUCCAGCAUGGCUCAUGUUUCAUGGGAUCCAUUCACUGAGUAGCUAAAAUUCUGGCACUCAGAGCAGAAUGCAACUUAUGAUUGGUUGAAGGACUGCAGAAUUUUCAUUUUACAAUACUGUGUUAUCUGUGGUCUUAAAAAAGAGAUUUCCCAGGUGGAAACUGUAUCUACAAGUUUUGAACCAGAUACUCUUUGGAAUGAAAAGUUUAAAUAUUUGGCACAAAGUAAGUUUAUACUAGUUUGCCUUUUAAGUUAUGCUUUUGUACAAAACUAAAACAAUAAAUGCAUCUUGUCAAUUUUUAUUUAAAUAUAUCUACUGCACCCAUUUGUUCUGUAUUUAUGCAUGUAAAAAUAAUUGAAAUCAGCCAUGAUAAUCCAAUAUUCUGUAAAGAUGUGGCGAGUGGGUCACGAGUGGGACAGCUGUCAGUUAGAAAAUAGAUUAAAAAAAAAAAAAUCCAGAAUCUUUGUAGAACUAAAGCCAAGAGAGACUAAGGAGAAGUUGCUGCUUCCUCCUGUGCUGCCAGCAUGCCCUGGGGACUCUAGAAGAGCGCUGUGUGAAGGUUGAGGUGUCAGCUGGGUACAGCUCCCUGUGCUGCCUCCAGCACUUGGCUCUUUGUGACGGUGUAAGUGAUGCUGCUGCUCUAAGGGAUUAGCAAGGAGGGAGCAGAGGAGAGGAAGCCUGAGCUUAGUCAGAUACCCACAUCUCCUGGCAACUGCUUGGAAUGUUCUCCCUUUGGUUUUGGAAGCCAUUCCCAUUAAGUGUGUCCCCAGGGAAAGCCAGCUUUCAUGUCCUGCAGCUGGCUGCAGCAGGCGACCACAAUGCAGUUGCUUAUGACACAGUGUAGCAGGGAUGAGGGUCCACACAGAGCAAGGCUGGGGAGCCUUUCCAAAGCUCUGUAUCUCCUUGGAGCUUUUCCAGAUGGUGCUAAGGAGCUUUGCAUUUAGGAAGGAAAAAGUCGACAGAAGAAUCCCUUCAGCCAAUGACAACUCCUACUAACUUAACGCGCAGCAUCUCCAUCACACAGAGGCUGGCAGGGGAGGUCCCUGCAGGAAUUGAAGUGGGGUGCCCAAGUUUCCUGCUCUGCUGGGAAGUGGAACCACACAUCACCAGGCAACAAGCAGCUCCCAGGUCACUGCAGCCUGGGCAGGCUGGCAGCAGAGUGGCCUCUGUCCCCCACAUGCCAGGACAGGCCCCCUCUCCCCAGGUCCCAGCAUCCCAGCCCAGCAGAGGUGUGCUUUUUUCACCUGGCACUGCUGGCAGUGAGGUUAUAGCCAGAACACUCCUAAAUACACCACAAAAACUUGGAAUCAAGGAGGUUGUGCAGUGUGGCACCUGCUGUAGCAAGCAGUCGCCCAUUGAGAGUCUGUGGGCCAGCAGUGAGGGGAGUGGUGCCUUUGCCCACAGCAGCAGGGCACAGCCAUCUGCCACCUCCGUCACACCACCUGCAGCACCUGGCAGGGCAGGGCAGGAAAGCCUUUCGAUCCAGACCUUUUUCCCCACCCACUCCCUGCCUGCUGUUUUUUCUUGAUAUUCAUCAAAUAUUUGCCUCCCUUUGCUUUUAAACAUUAUUUUCAUUAUCCUGUACUGACCUUACCAUAAAAAAAUGCUAAUAUGGCUUAGAGAGUAUAUGGGGUGAGCUAUUCUGUGUUCCCAGGCAAGCCUGCUCACGGGCACCACAUGAGCUCCACAUGGCAGCAGUCAGCCCUGAGUCACAGGGGGCAGAGAAUAGCUGUAAUCUUCAGGGAAACUGAAAAUCUUAGCAGCAGUGCCCUGGCAGGACAUCACACAGAGCUUCUGGCAGGAGCUGGACUGGCAGAGCACCGGACUGGUAGUUUGCUCAGUUUAAAAUUAUAGGAAAGAGAAGAGGUUUGUUGUUUCUUAUGUAUUUUUAAUCCUUUAAAAAAAGUUUUUUAAAAAAAUUCCUUCUGAAGCAUUUGCAAUGGUAUCAUCUGGUUGUUAAAUGUAAUCUCAGCAGUAUUAAUUGCAGAUGUUUACUGAGUUUCUGCAGUGGUAGCUGCAGAGUUUUUAUGGAGCUGAUGGAAGCACACUGCCUCUGCACUGAGGGAAUCCUUGUUCACAUCAGGGAAACUUCAGCAGCUGUGUUUGAAUGGCCAGUGUAAGUUCAUUUCCCAUAGCAUAAAGCAAGUUAUUUCUUUUCAGUGAAGGAAACUUAUCUGCAUUAAGUUAUACUAAUAGUGUUGUUUUUCCUGCCACUUUUUUAUGUGGAGGCUUAAUAUAUUCCUGUUAGCACUAAUGGGAAUUGAGCUGAACGUUGAUCUCCAGUCAUAAGAUUGCAGAUAUAGCUUUCAUCUACUGUUGUUUCCCCUUCUCACCCUUUUUUCUCUGGGCAAGCAAUUGAACUCCAAGCAAAAUUUGAGAAGAAUUACUCAAAGCUGGCUUCUUAAACUGUUUGUGUUUUGGCUCAAUUAUGUGCUAUAAAACAGAACUGCAGAAAUGCUAUGAGUUGACUGGACUAGUUUAACCUUUUGCCUAAAUAUUUUACAAUAAAAAAUUUUUGGAGGUUGAAUUUGAAAUAACUUGUUUGCUGGAAAACUAAAUAUAUGUUAGGCAAAUAGUAGAGGAAAAUAAUAACUUUACUGUAAAGGCAGUUAGCAGUAUGCAGAAUUACAAUGCUGACCCUCCAAACACAGAAUUUUCACAAUGAAAGAUGGUUUAUACUUUUGCAUGUCUUCCAAAUAGACCAUGAACUUCGUAGUGCUUCUGUUCAGCUUUAGACUGACUAAUUUUGGCAUUAGGCUACUACUAUUUGGGAUGUUCAUUGCUAUGAAAUGUUUUUUAUUUAAACAUUUGUAAUAUUUUUACUAAAUAUUUUCCUUUAGGACUUUACUUCAUAGGCUUUGUUCAGAGCCAUAUCAUGCUGUAGGUAUUUUAAGGUAAAAUCAUGAUUAUUUGAUAAUUCUGUUUUGUAUGACUGAUCUUCUGGCCACUGUUUAGAAAGGUUCCUCCUGAUUUUUGGUAAAAGGAUGCCAGUCAAGGACUCCUGGAAUGGUUACAAUCCAUUGAAGUGUCUGUAUGUAUUCAAAAUGCAUUUUAAAAUACCUCCUGAGGACUAUGUGAAAUAGUUGCUACACUCAUUGAUUAGCCCCUUUCCAAGUCAAUAUUUCAAAAUUUGAACUUGUGUCCUUUCAGAUUACAUUGCAGAGUAAUUAUACUAAAAUUUUAACUAAGAUGUAUUAUUACAAAUUUCUCAAAACUGUGAAUGUGAAAGGGAGCCGAGCUAUGCUGCUCUCAAUCCUUUCACCCGUUAAAAAAUCUUCUGAAUAAUCAAACUUUAUCUUUUGGGUUGCAUUUGUUUCUUGUUUUCAGAACUUUGAGAAGCUUCUCAUUCAGCCCGUGUUAGAAAAAGCCUUGCCUACUUUGAGGCUUUUGUUAAGCACUCAGGAGGUAUAUUGUUCAACUAAUUUAACAUCCCUUUGUGCUGACAUCAAUUAGCUUUUAAAUGUAUAGACCUACAGAACUCCACAGGACUCUGGUCUCCCUUAUUCUGGGCUGCCUUCCAAAGCCAUCCAUCCUAUCCCUUUUCAUUGCACAUAAUCCUACAGUCACCCAGAGACAAUUGCUGACCACCUACACUGACUGUAGCUGUAGUAUCACAGUAAGACUCUGGGUUGGGGUUUGUGUUCAAAAGCAGCUCCCUCAGUCCAGAGUUGACAGGAUGACUGUUACUCUGACAUCAAGUCUGAGCUGUUCAAUGAAAAUAGUCAUAAAAGUAGUUUUGAAAAUAGUUGAUUAGAUAUCCAAAGGUAAAAUGUCUUUUGGUUUUGGUUUUGCAAAAUUAUUGAGGCAGGGGAUUUUGCUUGCAAUGCUCAAUGCUUUAUGUUGCCAGAAUUUGUGGGCUCCACGGGCUGCCCCAGGCUGUUGGCCAGGUGGGUGCAGAGCCUUUGCAGUGAGGCAGGUGAUGCUGAUCCAGAAAAUCACAGCAGCAGGAGAUCUGUUCCCGUCGUGAGCACUGUGCCUUCCACAGCUGGAGGCUUUCUCCUGCAGCCCUUGAGCUGGAUUCUUCCCAAAAGCUCGUUCUCUCUGUGAUGCCUGCUACUUGCAAUAUAAGCAGCUCGUGACACACUCCACUGACUAUUCACCAUCUUUCAUUUUAAACGAGGAUUACAUUUUUCAUAGUUAGGAAUGCCCAUCCAGCAGUAUAAGGUCAAUAAAAGAGGAUUUUGCUGAGACAUCAUAAUUGAUUGCCAUGCUGACUGCAGUCAGACGUUGGAGCUCGCUAAUUUUAAAGUAGAUUAGUGUAUGAAUAAGAAAAUAAAUCUCGGAAGCCUCAUAAAUAAUUCUAAGAAGGAAUGCAAUUGUAGUGCUGUAAUGAUAAGACAGGGCAGUUCCACACAAGAUACAGCCGUGGAGGAGUGCUGGAGUGAACACAAGCCUGAGAGUAGGCACAGGAAAAGAACUGCACUUCCAGGGUAGGGAGCAGGACAGUGAGCUGUGAUGAGCCCUGGGGUAUAAAACAGGACACUUCCUGCUUGAAAAUUAGGCUAUGAUAAUGCACCUAGGAAAAAAUGACUGCUCAUCCUGAAAUACGUUGGUGUUGCUGCAACUGCAGGACAUGCUUUAACUGAUUAUUAGCUUUUGAAUAUCUAAGUACACAAUCAGAAAAUUUACUUCUAUGUUGUUUGGCUUUUUUGUUUUGUUUUAUUGGGACCGGGUUGUUUGUUUAUUUCUAUUUUCAGGAAAACGAAGGCUUCUAAAUAAAAUAAGGGUGGUGUCUGGAAGUGGUCUUUUGUUUGUACAAGUAAUGACUGUUUAUUAUUAUCUGCAUUUGGCAAGGGAUAUCACUUCUGAUAAAAGGUUAAAUCAUCACAACCAAUGGUGACUUUCCUUUUCAAUGUGAUGGGCCAAAUCCCUAAUGUUAGAUGUGUCAAAAUGCAGAUUUUGGUUUGUUUUUUUUUUUUUUUUUAAUACUUGAUAUUUGCAUUAUGGUUGUGUAAGAACCAUGCAUUUCCACAAAGACAAGGAUUGAUGUGGCAUUUCCAAAGCUUAAUUAGGGUAAUUAGAAUAUUCUCAAUUACCUAGGUAGCUUUAGCUAAGCAGAUGCAAGUCUUGAUUCCAUUCACACUCUAAUGACAUUAUAAAAAAAAUACUGUGUAAGAGGGUGGGAGGGUUUCAUGACGGGUUUCUGUACCUAAAAGUUGACCUGUUAUUUUACCUGAAAGACAAGACUAUUGAAUGAUUCAAUAUGAUGGUCAAAGGAAGAAUUCCUUGUGAGUUUUCUUCUGCAACAUGGUUACUGAGACAGUAGGAGUUUUGUAUAAAAUAUAAGUCCUAAAUGAGAAGACAACUCCCAUGUUGAACCAUACUGGUUCAAUAGUUCCAUACAGCAGGACAUUUUUCUGCAAUGAGUCUGCAGCACUCAGGAGACUGCUGUUUAUUAUCAGCAUUGCAGGGAGGAGGAGAAUUAUGAUAAUAUUAACUACAUAAAUCACAUUUGGAGGAUGCUUUUUCUUUGUGCGCUGUUUUUCCUGGGAAUGACGUAGCCUUGAGGGCAUCCAUGAAAUCAGCAAGGCUGCUUUUUGAAUAAUUGACUGAACAUUUGUACUUGUAAGGGCUGGUACAGUAUGGAAAGGGAGACCUUUAGAGGAAAAUAAGGUAAUGAGGGAUGUGGUGUGGAAUACUGCUACCCCCAAGUCAGUUGAUGUUCCUGCCCUUGCUAGAUUACAGUUUGGUUUAUUCAGCAUGUUUGAAAGUGUGUAGAGUUUUACAAGUUUUUGUAGUGGGGAUGCAGGCAUCCAGAAUCUAACAGGAUUAUAGGUGCAUCUUCCUCAUUUUUGACAAUUACUUGAUAUAAUUUUAUACCAAGUUCUUUGUUUUUAAAGAAUUUCAGGCACUGAGAAUAUGGAGUGCAUAUUUAUUUCUAAGCUUUAAGUAGAACACGGUGUAUUUUUUAAUCCUUUCCAUACUUUUCAGUUAAGUGUUCACAAGACUGUAUAUCAAAUACAAUUCCAAGUUUUUCUAUCUUUCUACAAGCCAGUUUAAGUUUCAUCUGAAUUUGGUACAUGACUUUCACAAAACACUAAAUGGGGAAUACCUGCUUCAAGCAUUAAGAUGGUUUCCCUCCUUUUCCCUAUUUACAUUGCAUUACAUUUCAGGAUUUUUUUUCUUCGAGGCAGAGAGAGGAGAUAGAAAAUGUGUUGAGUGUGUUACAGGGGCACACAAUGUGUGUCAUUGUGCCUGGCUUCAAGGAAUGUACUAUAAUGUUUGACUGCUCACAGAUUUACAUAAUUUGAAUACAGGACUGUUGUGUUGUAUUCCCUGUUACUCAAAAAACAUUUGGGGAAAAGAAUUUUCUGUGUACAAUUUUAUUUUCAUACUGAUCUCUAUUUUGUUUAAGACCAUGUUUCAUCAUGAAAUCACUUAAUUAAAAUAAAUCUUCUUAC